AUGGCGUUCAAUCAGUACCUCGAAGGAGUCAUCACGGCUUCUCUGGGCACGCUACUGAUCCUCUUCGGCCUGCCCUACCUGUCGUCCAUUCCGCGCGUCGGAAAGAACACGCCCAAGAGGCAGGCUCUCCUCACACUCUUCAACUACUUCCAGUUCUUCCUCUCAUGCGUCCUCCUCGGAGCGACCAUCACCAUCCGGGUGCUCAUCCACAACAUCGACAUCGACUUCAACACGGCCUACAUCGCCGCCGCCAUCCCCGUUGGCGCGCUCGUGGCCCUGAUCGGCCUGCUCUUCUUCCGCUUCCUCAUGCUCGCCUACGGCCUCUUCGUCGGCAUGCUGCUCGGAAUGCUCCUCGAAGCAGGCCUCCACAACAUCUUCGACACCCAAGACGAGCAUGCCUGGGGCAAGCUGAUCACUCUCACCGUGGGCCUCCUCUUUGCUGGCGUCGCCGUGAGCCGUUCGCCCUCGGGAUGGUUCAUUCGCCUCGUCUUCGCCCUCUCCGGUGCGGCCCUCCUGGCCAUGAGCCCCAGCUGCUGGAGCGCCCUGCCCUCCGACAUGAGGCGUAAGGCGCUGAUCCCGUGGGUCAAGUUCAUCCCUGAGACGGCCGACGCCGAGUGCAGCGAGCUGGCCACGCCGGAGGACCAGACCGACGUCUACGUCUUCGGGGGCAUCAUGGCCGCCCUGGUGGCCAUCCCCAUGCUGCUCUUCGUCGUGAUCCCCUGGAUCAACCGCAAGCUCCACUGCACGGCCUUUAGCCAGGACGGCUUCGGCCUGCGCAUCCGCUUCCGCCCCGACCGCGAGGAGCGCGAGAAGAAGCGCCUGCUCAAGAAGAGCAAGAAGAGCAAGAACAAGGACAAGGGUGUCGACACGGCCAGCAAGAGCGUGAGCGACUCGGAGAGCAACGACGACGACUCGGUGGUCGUGGACGACGCCAACGUUGACUACGACGACGACGGCGAGUAUCUCGACGACUCAGAGGAGAGGACCGCCGGCCUGUCGGGCUCCUAUGCGUCGGUCGAUGACGACGAUUCGUCGGCCGGCGCCACGCAACGCAUGCGUAUCGCCGAGGACAAGCUGCGCGAGGAGGACCGCAUCGAGGUGCUCCAGAACAAGUUUGAAAUGUUCAACAAGCAGCGCGAGUGGCUCCUCCGCGACGAGGUGGCUGAGGAGGAGGAGAAGCGCAAGCCGCCGCCGGGCGUGAUCGACUGGAAGCGCGGCACGCCGGACAAGGUGGUGCCGGCCGUCAAGAUCCUGGCCACGCGCGUGCUGGGUCUGUUCAUCGCGGCGUGGGGCAUGUUCUGGCUCGUGUGGCUCAUCGGAUGGGGCCGCAACUGGGACACCUUCGUGGCCGUGAUCUCGUGGUUCGCCUACGUCGUGGCCGAGACGGUCAACUACGUGCUGGGCAUCAUCUACAACCUCAACUUCUGGACGCCCACCGUGCGCAAGCGCAAGAGCCUCUACGCGCUCGAGGGCUUCGUCGAGACCGUCGACCGCGUGCGCGUCGACUCGCUCAUCUUCCACUACAAGGAGGACCCCAACACCACGCAGAAGACCCUCGAGGGCUGCCUCCUCAUGAAGCGCCUGCCCAACCUCAUCCUCGCCGAGCUCGAGGCCCGCGGCGAGCAGCCCGCCAAGCCCGGCGCCAAGGCCAAGACUGCCAAGGCCCUCGCCUGGCUCAAGCGCAAGGCUCAGUGGUGCAUGGGCGGCAAGCGCUGCCCGCUCCCCUGCUCCCUCGCCUGCUGCAGCGGCAAGGCCAAGGAGCAGAAGAAGAAGGACGACUCGGCCACCGACGGCGCCGACGGCGAGGAGGGCAAGAAGGUCGAGGAUGAGGUCGACGAGUUCUUCGACGAGUCCUCCUACUACGACGAGGAGGACGACUUUGGCGAGAACUACACCGACAACACCAUCACCCAGGCCGACAUCGACAGCUACCCGUUCCCCGAGUUCGACCCGCUGUUCUACCCGCUCCCUGAGGCCCUCCAGGCCCUCCAGGACGAGGCCCGCAAGAGGGGCGCCGGCACCAAGACCUCCUCCGACGGGGAGGCCACCGACAACGACGGCGAGGAGGUGGACGUGAGCAGCGAGACCAGCAGCGUCGACGACGCCAAGAAGCCCUACUCGUUCGGCUUCCACGACGACGUCGAGAAGCUGGCGGCCGAGGCCGGCGGCCUCUACGACAAGAUGGGCUGCCUGCUGGAGCCCAUGAGCGACCGCGUGCGCAAGAUCUACGAGAAGAACCGCCGCAUCCUGAAGCACCUGGGCCUCGGCAAGGACUUCAACGGCAUCCCCUACGACUUCGAGCCCAGCGACAUCGGCCGCGAGGUCGUGUACCGCGUGAUGGAGGUGGUCGAGGUCUACCUCGGCGGCGCCGUCAUCCCCGUGCUCCACUUCAAGGAGGAGAUGUUCCGCGAGGACUGCGCCCGCGGCUCGCUCUCUGUGACCUUCGAGCUCCGCAACCCCGAGAAGAAGAAGAAGCAGGCUCUCUCGCGCCAGGAGCGCGAGCGCACCAUCGAGGUCAUCUACGGCGAGGACGAGGACGGCGAGGGCUACGACGACGACGGCGACGAGAUCCACCACAAGAGCCCCAAGAUGUGGGGCGGCUACCCCGACAUGUCGUUCGACGACGAGACCAUGCCCAAGGACCGCGUCAAGAUCGUGGCGCGCAUCAAGCCCAACGUGCAUCACAACAAGGCCGGCAACAUCAACAACGUGCUCUACAACACGGAGGUGCGCGAGAAGGGCCAGUACCUGAUCUUCCUCGAUAACGACAUGCGGCCGGAGCCGGACUUCCUGCUCUACACACUGCCCUGGUUCUACAACGAGGGCCAGCUGGCGCGCCACUGGGAGAUCAACGACAACCUGUCGUUCGUGCAGACGCCGCAGAUCUUCGUGCGCGACGCCAUCCGCGACGGCGACAAGCUGGGCAACGGUAACCAGGUGUUCUUCGCCGCCAUUCAGCCCGGCCGCGACGGCGAGAACGCGUGCGCCUUCGCCGGCACCAACGCCAUCUUCGCCAAGCGCGCCCUGCUCCGCAUCGGCGGCGUGCCCUACGAGUCGCAGACCGAGGACGCCCACACGUCGAUCCGCCUCCACCGCGACGGCUUCGUCUCCUACUACGUCAACCUGCCCCUCGUCGUCGGCGAGGCCCCGACCACCGUCGCCUCGCGUCUCCUCCAGUACCUCCGCUGGGUCAAGGGCUCCAUCCAGCUCUGGUGGGCCCAGUUCUACGAGCCCCCCAUCAAGAUGUGCAUCGGCCAGGCCCCCAAGCGCCUCCCCAAGGACCAGCGCCCGUCCAAUUUCAUGCUCACCUUCUACGCCAUCGACACCAUGACCUGGCCCCUCUCCGCCAUCUCCGCCCUCCUCUACAUGUUCUGCGCCCUCGUCUUCGUCUUCUUCGCCGAGCCCCCGCUCCAGCCCCACGACCCCUUCGACAUCUCCUCCUUCCUCUGGGUGUUCCUGCCCUACCUGUGCCUGCGUAUGGCCAACAACCUGAUCGCGCUCCAGGGCGUCAAGUCGUCGUCGGUCUGGGUGGCGCAGGAGGUCUGGUACGCGCAGGCCUUCACCGCGUUCCUCGGCAUCCUCGACGCGCUCUAUGAGAAGUUCCUCGGCACCGGCUUGACCGGCUGGAAGGUGACCGGCGAGGGCACGCGCACCACUGCCAUCGAGUACUUCAACGUUGUCGUCUCCAUGCUCCUCAUCUUCGGCAUCAUCAUCCGCCUCAUCAUCUUCCUGGCCGACUCCGACGACCGCCUCGCCGCCUUCGGUUCGGCCUUCUUCGCCGGCGUCAUCCUCAUCCAGCUCUGGCCCAUGGUCUCCAUGUCCCUCUACGAGCUCCUCAUCAACGAGUACAAGCCCUCCGACGAGAAGAAGGAGCUCGGCCGCUUCAAGAUCCCCAACUGGCUCUCUUCACCGCCCUGCUCUGCGUCGGUAUCUCCGCUGGCGUCCUCUUCGCCUAAGCGGCGACGUCCGACCACACCAGCCUGUAUCUACUCUCUCUCUCCUCCUUCACCCUUCCUCGCUGCGGGGAGCUGCACGAGAUCUGCUCUGCCCCCCCACAUACCCAUGUAUUCUCCGCACACA